UCUCAAAAUGCGACAGACCAAUGUUUGAAUUUCAAUUGACAUAAGUACUCAUAUUAAGUGUUUGACGCGUCUCUGAUAAGAUUUACCUAUAUAUGUUUUUGGUUUACAAUGGUAGUGCGAUUGGUGGAAUACCUAUAUAUGUUGUCAAGAAGCAAAAUAUUUUAAUGCGUACAAUGAGUACUCAAAACUCAUUAUAAACAAAUAGUUUUAGAUAUAUUGAAGACAAGAAAAUAUGCUAUUCCACCAAUCCAAAAAAAAAUUUCCCUCUAUUCUACUCUCUGAUGUUAGUACAUAUAUACAUUUAACCAUACAAAAUAUUCAUUUGCUAGAAAAAUAAGUACAAAAGAUUCUCUUUUAUCAAUAAGAUAUACUAUAUAAAGUAAGACAUUUUAUGUCACAUGUUGACUCCAAUCGCAGUACCCACUUCCUCCUCAACAACCUGAUCUGAUGGCCACAAUUCCUCCUCUACAACUUGGCACGAUGGUCAUGGUUCCUCCUCUGACCAUCGUGACUACAUAAACCAAUCUAUCAUCCUUCCCCACAUGCCUCCUCAAUGAGCUCAAGGAUCUUGUUUUGAAUCAGUAUCAGGUGAUGCAGACAAAACAAGUGCCUUGAGCGGAAUGAGAAUCAAAAGAAGGACCUCUUUACUCGAGUGGAGAUGUAGAUCGACCACCAAUACCCUAGGAGUUCCCCUUUCGGUUACUAGAAUAUGAUACAUUCUCUAAUAAACAUUUGAUACAUUGCCACUGGAAUCCUCCAAAUCAACUAUCACCAUCGGCCACAAUCAUGCAGAAGAAAGAGAAGCCUUUGGAUAUUACAUCAAAUGCUUCAACAAAGGAGCUGCAUUUGUGAAGGAGGGCUCCACGGAGAUGAAUUUAUUCAUUAUGAUAUAUUAAGUCCUUGACGAAGAUAGACCUUGAUGAGACAAGGAUAUCUUCGUCAAGGAUUUGUAAGCACCACUGAGCAAGUUCAAGGACUACGCAUCGCUCACCACUUCACCGGCCAACAUCAUUGGUAAGCUCCACUUUUUAAAAGCCAAAAUUAAAAUACUGUAAUGGUUCAUUAAUUGCUAUCAAAAUAAAUAAAGAGCAAAUUAAAAUUAUAUUAACGUUAUGAUGGAAUAACGUGUCACAGACUAUAUUUUUGUAAGCUUAAUUAGUGGCAGGAAAAUUUUGCAAUGUUUUAUAAUUGAUGUACAUCCCAUUAUUACAACUAGUGAAUUAUUUGUAUAAAAAAUGCUUACCAGGUUCCUAGCUUUUCUGAUGGCUGUCAUUUGAAGCCAGCAUUCAAGCCUUUUGGCACAUUAAAAACCUUGUUUAUUCUAAUCUUAUAUUUGGUGUCCCCAGUUAAGGAUUGCAUCAAAAUACUUUUGAAUCUUAAGCCAAUACAAUUGUGCUACUUGUGCAAGAGGCAAUUUAGAAAAUCUAGCUCUUCGAGAUUCUAAAGGCUUUAAUAAGGAUAUAAUCUGCAGCACAAUCUCAUGUGCACUAUUAAGUUGGUAUUAAAAUAUUCAAAAACAGCACUACUGAGAUACUGGAUCAAUUUUAUACAAUACUAUAUCACAAACAGCAGCUUCUUGCAAAGCAUUUCCAAUUUACUUUUUCCACACUAUAUAAUACAUCACAUAGAAUAGAACAACUCAAAUCAAACUCAAACAAACCUCUUAAACAUAUUCUUUAGCUUUAAUCUCCUCUCUCUUUUUCUAGCUACAACACAUAACUAGACACAAUAUUCUUAACUAUACUCUCAAUUUUUCAAUGGAUUCAUCUCAUAUAUCUGCUUAUGUAAACUUCAGUUGCGAACUGAGAAUAAUACAAGCUCGAAACAUCGAAAUAGUCAAGCCUGCGAAAAACUUGUUUACAAGGUUGUAUCUUCCAACAGGAAACAACAAAAGAAUUCAACUCAACAGCAAAAAUGUUUCACGCAAAUCAGUACCUUUUUGGGACGAGUCUUUUAAUCUAGAUUGUUCUUGCCCACAAGAAUUCUUAGAAAACCUUAAUCAACAAAGCCUAGUGUUAGAGCUAAGGCAUACAAAGAUGUGGGGGUCACAACUUAUUGGUAAAGGUGAGAUUCCAUGGAAGGUGAUUCUUGAAUCACAAAAUAUGGAAUUGAAAAAAUGGUUGAAAAUGGAUUUGGUGAAUGGAAGUGAUUGCAAAGAGGGUAUGUUCACAAUACCAGAAGUGGAAGUGGAAAUUAAAAUAAGAGUGACUUCAGUUGCUGAGAUGGAAAAACAGAAUAAGAGAAGGUUGAAUAAUUGGAAUGAGUGUGGAUGCAAAAAUGGACAUGAUCAUCAAGCUUGGUGCAACACUGAAGACUGUGAUAUAUUUGCCCUUGGAGCAGCUUUGGAGGCUUUUUGAUUUUGAUGCAAGAUUAUGUGAUGCACAUAUGAACUAACAUAGUUAAUUAGUUUAUCAUUAUAAUGGAUUGAUUUUUUUGACAAAAUUAUAAUGGAUUGAUUAUAUACUUA